UCACCGACGUCACUUCCGCCCCUCAGAGCCCGGAUGAAGCUAACCAGUGGGGCAAGUGAGCAGGGCCACCGAGGCGGGUUGGUGUUUUAAUCUAACGGAGAGGAUUGAAGCCCCGCUGGAUUAAUGUGGACAGGGCAGCGCGGAGAGCCAGCGACGAGCGGAGCAGAGACUCUCCGGUUAACGGCUCCGGUUAACGGUUAUAACGGUUAUAACUGUUAGUAACUGUUAGCAACCACCGCGGAGCAGCUUCCUCUGUUGCUACCACCGCUAGCCUCUCUCUCCUCUCCUCUCCGCACAGCACAGCACAGCACAGCACAGCGAGCACUGGACGUGUUGUCAGGCUUCCUUCAGUCUGUCACAACACCUGGUGGAUGAAUGAUGUCUGCCGCUAGUAUUGACCCUCAGACAUCGAAAGGACAAGAUGCAAGCAAAGGCUUUCCGGUUUCAGUGCAGAACGGCUCCCUCCACCAGAAGGACACAGUACAUGACAAUGACUUUGAGCCUUAUCUCACCAACCAGUCUAAUCAGAACAACAGCUAUCAAUCCAUGACAGACCCGUACCUGUCCAGCUACUAUGCCCCCUCCAUCGGCUUUCCUUACCCUCUCAGUGAGGCUCCCUGGUCUACAGGAGGUGACCCACCGAUCCCCUACCUGACACCCUAUGCCCCCCUCAGCAAUGGAGACCACCACUUCAUGCACGACACGGUGUUUGGGCAGCCGGGUGGGCUCAGCAGCAGCAUCUACCCUCACAGGUUUAACUUUUUCCCAGAGAACCCGGCCUUCUCAGCCUGGGGCACCAGCGGGACUCAGGGCCAGCAGACUCAGAGCUCAGCCUACGGGGGAAGUUACAGCUACCCACCGAGCUCUCUAGGAGGCACCUUAGUCCCCGAUGGCCAGACGGGUUUCCAUAGUGACACCCUGAGCAAGGCUCCAGGUAUGAACAGCCUGGAGCAGGGCAUGCUGGGCCUAAAAAUAGGUGGGGAUGUGACAGGAAGUGGCUCGGGCGUGAAGAGCGCAGGCUCUCUUGGAGGUGGCAGUGUAGCUGCAGCUGUUGCCACGGGCAACGGCGGCACACCAAUUGGAAUGCCCCCGCCGAAACCGACAUCGUGGGCUGCUAUUGCUAGUAAACCUGCCAAGCUGCAGCAACAAAAGGCCAAAAACAAACCUGGCACACCCAUAGCUGGAGGAGGUCUGCCUCCGCCCCCCAUUAAACACAACAUGGACAUCGAUACAUGGGAUAAUAAAGGGGCUGUUACCAAGAUGGCCCCUCCUUUGCCCCCCCAUCACCACCACCACCACCACCAUCACCAACAGCACCAGCCCCAGCUUCACUCCCAUGCUGCCAGUCUCCUGCCCCCCCUUCAACAGUCCAUACAGUCUGCCCAGUCCCUCGUGCAGCAGAUGACCAUGGGUCCUCCACCUCCUCCUCCACAGUCCUACCAGAACCACAACUCCGCUCCAACACCUCAGACCCGUUGGAUAGCCCCACGCAACCGCAACUUGUGCUACGGUGGCGGAAGCUUGGACAGCAGCGGCUCCUCUAACGGUGGCGGUGUUGGUAACGGAGGCGGAGGGGUCGGGGGCGUGCCUCCGGAGCCGGGAGCAGAGUCCCACCCCGUGCUGGAGAAGCUGCGGGCGGCCCACAGUUACAACCCCAAGGAGUUUGACUGGAACCUGAAAAACGGACGCGUGUUCAUCAUCAAGAGUUACUCCGAGGACGACAUCCACCGCUCCAUCAAGUACUCCAUCUGGUGCAGCACAGAGCACGGCAACAAACGUUUGGACUCGGCCUUCAGAGCCAUGAACUCUAAAGGUCCCGUCUACUUGUUGUUCAGCGUCAACGGCAGCGGCCAUUUCUGCGGCGUGGCCGAAAUGCGCUCGCCUGUGGACUACGGCACCAGCGCUGGCGUUUGGGCGCAGGACAAGUGGAAGGGCAAGUUUGAUGUGAACUGGUUGUUUGUUAAGGACGUGCCUAAUAGCCAGCUGCGCCACAUCCGCCUGGAGAACAAUGACAACAAGCCAGUCACCAACUCACGUGACACUCAAGAGGUUCCUCUGGAAAAGGCGAAACAGGUGCUCAAGAUUAUCGCCCAGUACAAACACACCACCUCCAUCUUUGACGACUUUUCCCACUACGAGAAGAAGCAAGAGGAGGAGGAGGUGGUGAAAAAGAGCUAUGAGCCUGCCCCAAUACAGAGCCGAUCCCGAAUGGAUCAGGAUCGUCAGAAGUAAACAGAAGACAGCUGUCGACAUAAUUUAGAUUUAAAAAGGAAACACAAGGACAUAAAGAAAUUGAAAACUAAUAUUUUUUUCUAUUUAAUUCUGUUGACUUUGGCCCACGUCAAAGUGUUGACCCACAAUGCUCCUGGCUCCCAGUCUUUAAGACGUGUGCAGGGAUGAAGCUAGUUCCACCAGUCGAAUCGCUUCAAUAAUCUAUAUUUUCUUGUUUUUUUUUUCUGUAUUUUUUAGCCUUACAAAUCUUUAUCGCUACCCCGAAACUUGCAUUCUUAACUAAAUAUAAGUAACAAAAUAUCUGCACGUCUGUUUUUUGAAAAUCUCUUGACAACAUGCUGCUGAUAUUCAGUGACUGUUCACUUUGUGGUUUGUGUGUUGGAGAAAUGUUAAGUGCUUGUAUUGGUUAAUCUUAAUGAGUGAACAAGACUUUAUUGACAAAUGUCUGCUAUCUGUUUGUGGCCAGUUGUAUUUUAUAUUAUCAGACGGAAAAAAAAUAACUUCUAUAAAAGCCCCUUUUUUUUUAAAUGUGAGGGGUGUUUUACUUUGGUGGGGGAAUGUGAACGCUGAAAGUUUCUGUAUGCAUAGACAUAAUCGUGCAAGGUUGUGACGUUAGAACGCGUAAAUGUUAGGAAAAUAUUUUGAAUAAUGUAUCACCUGGCUUACAGCUGAUUAAAUUUAACAUUAAGGUGGAGAAUAUGUGGGAUGUUGUCUCUCCUAUAGAGCGGAGCCUUAACAUUUCUUUUCAGCACUAAAUUUUUCUUUUUCCAGAACUGUACCUCAAAAUUUUUCAGCUAGAGAUUCAGGGAAAAGAUGUCGCUUAAAAGUGGUCCCUCUCUUUCUUAUUUAAAGGAUGGAAUUAAAAUAUACUGUAUGAGUUCAGGUUUUUAUCAACACAAAAUUUGCUUUCUGUCUUAUUUCCUUGUUUCGGUGACUUUUAUUUCCCUCGUGUUCAAACAGGAAGUCUCUGUUUAUGAAAUUCUGGAGGAAAUGUAGCAUGUACUGCUUUUAAAACUCAAGCCAGGCCUGUCACUUUGUUUAUUUCUUUUUGUUUCUUGUUCUUUCUUAACAAAAAUUAUAAUCUCAGCAUCAUUUUCAUCGCUAUAACCUGUCCACACCAUCCUCAGAAAAAAUGUAAGCUUUAAUGUACUGGCAUUUCUAACUGAGAUCGCCUCGAAAUGUUUAACUGUAGCAUUAUACUUAACUGAUUUAUUGUCAAGUGUAUGAAAACCCAGAGACUAGCCUAUAUGGUAUAUGUUUGUGACUUUUUUUUUUAACUUGCUUGCUGUAUUGUGUGUAUGCAAGAGUGAAAGAAAAGAGAGGGAGUACGAUUGUGGAGCAAUCAGAGUUAUAUUACUGGUAUUGGAUUAUAGAAAAUUUAUGCAAAAAAAUGUUUUAAAGUCACCCCUGAAUUAAAUAUCCAUUGUAUCAGAGGUCACUAUCACAUUCUUAGAUUUGAUCAUGUCCAUUAUUAAAGAUAUACUUAUAUGUUC